CGACAGGUACAUCAAUCGAGUCUGGAGUGCAUCCUCCUGCUGGCCACACCGGGCACCGCCUUGUUACACACUCAGCGACCGAUUGCGACCUCUGAAAUGGCGGAAGGAGCAAAGCAGGAGGCCCCCGCCGUAGCCGAGAUCAUCCAGCAGCUGAACAUGCUGCCCCACCCAGAGGGUGGCUACUACAAGGAAACGUUCCGGGACAGCCGAAAGGUGGAUGCCGGGCGGGCGGCAUCGACUGCCAUCCUGUACCUGCUGCCCGCGGGCGCCAAGUCCAAGCUGCACCGGUUGGAUGCCAGCGAGUGCUGGCACGCCUACCUGGGGGGGGCCAUCACAAUCGUGGAGCUGGAUGGCUCCUCCCCCAGCGGCACACGCACCACCGUGCUUGGGCGUGACCUGGCGGCGGGGCAAAAGCUGCAGCAUGUGGUGCCGCCGGACACCUGGUUUGGCGCGGCACCCGCAGAAGGGACCGAGUUUGCGCUGGUGGGAUGCACCGUGGCGCCAGGCUUUCAGUUCAGCACAUUUGAGAUGGGGGAGAGGCAGCGCCUGCUCCAGGACUUCCCCGCGGCGGCAUCCUGGAUUGAACGGCUGAUGGCAGAGUGAUGGGACGGAGCGGCCAGCCCACAAUUAUCAGGCCACUUGCAUGUGGCCAGAUGUAAUCAACUUGCGCCC